UAUUGUUGACAGUUCUCGGGGAAAGCUUCCUGCAGCUGUUGCGAGAAACAAACGCUCUUUCUUGUUACAGCUUUUCGACUGUUUGUUUUCCCUGAGGUAUUUGUACCUUUGUUCGUAGAUAGUGAUUAGAGAAUCUUAGAGAAUAAAGCUGCAGUCCGUACGAAAUUCCACUGUAAUAGAAGUCCAACGCAGAACGGAGAAAAUGAGUAGUAGAUCACAAAUGACGGCGAUGAAUGGGAAGAGACCAUCCUCGAUCCCAUCGCGACAUCAGUCUGAAACUGUAGCUCAACAUUUUGAUUUAAUCAAAUAUAUCUAUGAUUCAUGGAACACAGUAUCAAGGGAAUUAGAUAUGUGCCACAAUCAGCCACAUAGUAAUUCUUCUAAUUAUAGAAAUGGUGUAUCUGUUACGUAUUAUCAGGAGCGAGAACCAAACCCACAACUUAAGGAUUUUGAGCCGUUUAACCUUGAAGCCUGGUGGGGACAGCGUGUUGUUCAAAGUAUUACUAGGAAUACGAAUUCCUAGUGCCAGGCUCAACACAUUGAUUAUAACCGAACAUUCUCAAAUAGACAUAAGAAACAGAAAGGAUAAAUUCAGAGCUGCCGGAGAAAAUUUUUUUCCAUUUCUAGAAACAAUUUGUUGUUUACUCAAAAAUCAGUGACAAGAGGAGAAUAGAAUAGGUAUAAAUAAGUAUCUAGCAAUCAAUUUUGAAUCUUUUUGAUAACAAAGAUAGGAUAUUAGCAAAUAAUCA